AUUUAAUCAGCGUUUAACUUCAUACUUUUAGUGCAUUGAGGAAGAUCAACAAUGAGGAACUACAUACGGACUGUUCUAGGGAUAUUUUACUUAAUCCAUUUCUCUGGUGCUUUAUAUUGCUAUCAAUGUGGCGACGGCAAAAGUAAUGGAGUUUGUCAGGAGGACUUGGAGGAGAUGGUGAAGGAUAACAUAAAACACAGCGACAUCACUAAAAAUUACACAGAUGCAGAUUUCAAAUACCGAAAAAAUUGUUCAUCCUCUGAAGACGCAUGCAUGAUUGAAAGGGUUGAAGUCAACGGAGUUAUAGUGGCUUACAUUCGGGAUUGCUCUGAUGGUAUGAAUUAUUCGAUUAACGCCAGCCGAUUUUGGAACUUAGAAGAAGAGAAAAAUUCGACUACCUGCUCAUACGUGGAAGGGAAAUUUUUUGCCUGCCUAUCAUUAUGUGCCACAGAUCUAUGUAACGGACCACAACGCGCCAGCGACGCAUCCUCGAGUCUGAAGACCGUGAUGUCGAUGUGGACGACGAUUCUUUUAUCUGUAUACUUCAUCGCCUAUAAACUUUUCUUUUAAUUCACUUAAGUGAUAACGACAUGUGAUAAGUUUUUAUGUGAAAAAUGAAGAAUUCUCGUGUACAAUCAAAAAGUAAAUGAAUCGUUUCACUCUCUGCAAUCGGCUCAUACAUCCACCUCUGUAUAGUUUAUCGAUAAAACACGAGAAAUAGUGCAUUUGCUUUAAUUCAUUAUAAUCAAAUUCCUGCACUAAUGUUUGUCUUUUAAGGUAGAUAUUUAUUGAUUUGUUGUAGAAUUAUUAGUUUUAUUUGAAAAAAUCCUUGGA